AUGGUUCUGACAAACAGAACCAAAGUAAGUGGAUUUCUCCUCAUGGGGUUUUCUGAGAAUCCUGAUCUGCAGCUCUUACAAGCUUUCCUGUUCUUGGUGAUGUACCUUUUGGCCUUAACAAGCAACUUCAUCAUUAUCACCAUCACAACACUAGAUGAACAGCUCCAGUCUCCCAUGUAUUACUUCUUGAAACAACUUUCACUUCUGGAUGCCUGCUUCAUCUCUGUCACCGUCCCCCAGUCCAUUAACAAUCCCCUCACGGGCAAUGGCUGUAUUUCCUAUGCUCAGUGCAUGCUCCAGGUUUUCUUCUUCACGUCUUUGGCCUGGGGUGAGGUGGCCAUUCUCACGGUGAUGUCUUAUGACCGCUAUGUAGCCAUUUGCUACCCACUGCACUAUGAGCUCAUUAUGGACCUCAGAAAGUGUAAGAGAGCUGUGACAGCUGUGUGGGUAAGUGGAGGCAUCACAGGAAUCAUGUACACAACUGCCACAUUUUCUAUUACAUUUUGUAAUGCCAAAGUAAUCCACCAGUUCUUCUGUGAUGUCCCUCAAAUCAUGAAGCUCUCUUGCUCCAAUGAUUACCUAGCAGUCAUUGGAGCAAAUAUUCUAAUGACUGUGGCAGCCUUAGCCUGUUUUAUCUCCAUCGCCUUCUCCUACAUCCACAUAUUCUCCACAGUUCUAAGAAUCCCCUCUGCAGAAGGCCGAUCUAAGGUCUUCUCCACCUGCCUGCCACACCUCUUCGUUGUCUCAUUUUUCCUCUCCACAGGCAUCUGUGCAUAUCUCAAACCAACUUCAGACUACUCAACUGCUUUAGAUCUUUUACUAUCUAUCUUUUACACAGUAAUUCCUCCAACACUCAACCCUGUUAUCUACAGUCUGAGGAAUGAGAUCAUGAAAAGAGCUAUACAGAAGCUAAUAAGCCCAGACCAAAUUCAAAGGAAACGAAUAUUGAAACUAUUAUUUUAUAUUAGAAUAAACAUGGAAAAACAUGAACAACAUUUCACCAUCCUCUCAAUCGGCAAGUCUCUGAUUGAUUUGUUAUCUUGA